AUGACGGAUACCAAAGAUAUCAAAUCAGAAACUCCAUGGUGGAAAGCAUUUCCAGAAGCAAGAGCAAAAUGUCCGGAAAUCACAGCAGAUGAUGUGAUGAAGUUGUUGGAUGAUAUGGAUAUUACAUCUGAGCCGAGAAGUUUCUUGUUAGUGGAUGUUAGGAGGGAUGAUUGGGUGGGCGGAACGAUCAAAACCUCACUUAAUCUUCCCGCGCAAAGUUUUUAUCAAACGCGGAAGACGCUCUUUGAACUUUGCAAUAGGGCGGGAAUGACGAAGCUUAUUUUUUAUUGUGGUAGAGGCCCAAGAUGUGCUGGUUGGAUGCAGGAUUAUAUUGAUGAUGUAGCGAAGUUUGGGAAGAAGAGUAAUAUUCAGGUUCUUGUCUUGAAAGGUGGAAUUAAGCGUUGGGUGAAGGAGUUUGAGGGAAUGUUUAUGGAUGGGUUUGAGGGGGGGAAGUGGGAGGAGGUUAAGUAA